AUGUUAAACUAUAAAAUAAAUGUGACCUCAUCUCAAGGUUUAGGGUUCUUCAAUUCACCAGAACCACCUCGUCCUCCACAGCCUCCUCCUGUUGAAGUAUUAUCGUCCGAGGCAUCGUCUUCCUCUGUUGCUUUCACAGUGGAUAAAGUGAAUAUCGGCGACGUCACUAUUUUGAAGGGUCGUGUGAACACUAAAGAGGUCUUUGGAUUGCCUAAUUCUGAUUUGGUUUCUGGUGUAUAUGAAGGAUGGCUUAAGCUUUGGGAAGGAUCUAUAGAUCUUGUCAAAGCUCUUGAGAAAGAAUCACAAACUGGAAACAUUUCAUUCCCCGGUAAAUGCGUCCUCGAGAUGCAGUUCAUUUACAGGACUUCAAUGCUGAGGUCCUCUGAUGUCUCACCAUCCCCAAUCUGA